UACGCUGCGACUCCUUCCGAAUCGCCUCAUACCAAUAUAUAUAUAUAUCUUGAAAAUCUUUUCUUUGGAUUUCGUUGAGUGAGAGAGAAGAAAUGGACGCCCUCGACUCUGUCGUCGAUCCUUUGAGAGACUUCGCCAAGGACAGCGUCCGCCUUGUCAAGCGCUGCCACAAGCCCGAUCGCAAAGAGUUCACGAAGGUGGCGUUCCGUACAGCGAUCGGUUUUGUAGUUAUGGGAUUCGUUGGAUUCUUCGUUAAGCUCAUCUUUAUUCCUAUCAAUAACAUCAUCGUUGGUUCCGCUUAGGCUUGUAGAAAUUUCUGUAGGAUGUGUCCAGUUUGAUUCGUUUGCAGCUUCUCAUCAAAGAGGAAUGUUACAAUACUGCUCUUGGCCAUCCCCCCUCCCUUCUCAUUUCAAAUGUACUAGUUGAACUAGUAGUCUUGAAUUUAAACUCUCUUGGAAUUUCUUUGAGCUUUAUGAAAUAGAUUAUGGUUAAUUUUGCCUU